CCUCUUGAUUUCAAUUAUACGAAAAGGGUGAUUCUAUUUUCUAUAGUAAGAUUUUUUUUUUUUGGAAGAUAUGAUAUAUAUAUAUAUAUAUGUAUGUAUAUUUUUGAAAAGGAAGGUAUGAUGAAUUUACGGACCACGUCUCCUGCCAAAGAGGAAGAGACACACACACACUCGCACUCUGCUCCUCAGAAUCGAACAAACCGUAUCCCACAUCUGUCAAUAACAGCCACAAGCUGUCCUGUCCCAUCCCUCAAAGAAGUCAGAACACCGAAAUUCUUCCAUGAGCUCAUACCAUCACCAGUGUCAUCCUCUCUUCCUCCUCCAUCACCGCCUCCCAAACGAUGCUCUUCAGAGCCACAAUCUCCAGGACCCCCUUCUCCGCCGCCACCCUCCGCCUCGGACCGACUGCCGCCCUCCACCCCCGUAGCCUCGCCGUCUCUGCAUCCGCUGCCCCUGCAGCCGCCACCAGCUUCUCGAUCUCUGAUGCUGGCCUUGAGUCCCGGGGCUUCAUCCUCCACAGGACUGUCUGUGGCCUCAACCUCGACCAGCUCAACACCAUCUUCGUGGCGGUUGGGUUCCCCAAGCGGGACCCGGAUAAGAUCAGGAUCGCCCUCGAGAACACGGACUCAUUGAUCUGGAUCCAGUACGAGAAGACCCAGAAGCCCGUGGCCUUUGCCCGGGCCACGGGGGACGGUGUGUUCAAUGCCAUCAUAUGGGAUGUGGUGGUGGACCCCUCGUUUCAGGGUAUCGGGCUCGGGAAGGCCGUGAUGGAGAGGCUGAUCGAUGACCUGGUAGAGAGAGGAAUUACCAAUGUUGCCCUGUACUCGGAGCCUCGGGUUUUGGGCUUCUACAGGCCUCUGGGCUUUGUUGCAGAUCCUGAUGGAAUUCGGGGAAUGGUUUACUCGAGAAAACAGAAGAAAAAAUAGUUAUCCUGAUUAUUUCAGGUGCCAAUUUAUUGGUGAUUUUUCUUGUAAUUCUUUCAUCAUCUAGCGAAAGAUAGUUCGAGAAUUAGUAGGCUCAAGCAUCGACAACUACCAAGGGGUUACAGGAUUAUGUAAAAGAGAUCGCAUUAUGAGCUAAAGUCUACUCAAAAUGUUAUGAUGAACACAGUGGAAAUUUCCCGAUUCAACCUUCAAACUUACAUGUUGAUUCUUGAACACUA